UGCUUAUCUUCAAUGUGGAAAUGCAAUAAAAGCUCAGACCCUGGGCAUGCAGCUCAGUUAAUCCGCCCAUUAUUAUGAAGAUCGUCGCAGCUAUUAUAACCCUGCUGCCUUGGGUUAAUCUUGGAAAUGGACAAUCAGCUGUAUCAUUCCUAGAACCGAAUUGCGGCAUUUCGAUCUCAGGAUCGCGACGCUGGAGAACCAGGGUAAUCGGCGGUGAGACAGCAGACAUGUUCGGAAACCCAUGGAUGGUCUAUAUAGAAAACAGCAUUUCGUGUGGUGGCACGCUUAUCACCAACCGAUUCGUGCUUACUGCAGCUCAUUGCAUAAGGAACAGACCCACUAUGGUAUACCUAGGGGAGUUUGAUAGGUCGAGCAACCCCGAUUGUUCUAGAAGAGGUUGUCUUCCAAGAGCCAUCGGAAUUCCCGUGGAUGCUCAAAUAGCUCAUCCAAGAUAUGUACAUCACUCCCGGGAUGAUAUAGCUCUGUUUCGACUGGCCAGGCCGGUGCAGUAUACGGGUAAAAGAGGUAUAUUUUCCCCAAAGGAUCUCCCUUAUUCCUUACUGUACUUUAUAGACUACAUAAGGCCAAUCUGCCUGGUGACCAACAACAAUCCCCUGCCGCAAAUCAGGACAUUAACUGCGACUGGCUGGGGUGAAACGGAAUUCGGAACCGAAAGCAACGUCUUGAAGACCACCACCUUGACGCAAGUGGAUCGCAGGUAUUGCUCCGCCUUAUACGGUCGAGUUGAUAUGUCGCAUAUUUGUGCCGGUGACUUAUCUACGCAUGUUUGUCGUGGGGACUCCGGAGGACCAGUCUCCAGUAUUUUAAGGGUAAACGGCAAGAGCCGGGUUAUUCAGCUCGGAAUUGUCAGCUAUGGAGAUCUGGAGUGCAGGCAGUGGUCGGUCUUCACGAAUGUAAUGCACCAUAUGAACUGGAUCGUAGACACCGUACGACGCAGGCAAAGACCAAGACAAUAGCAAUUGCACGACUAAAAAAAGGAUGGUAUAUUGUAUUUAUUAGAUUUAUAAAGUUUUUGUUGAUACAAGUGAGCAAUGAUUUUAAAACUCUUGUGCCAUAGUAUACUUAUCUUAAAGUGAGGUAAGUCUGGUACUGUACACAAUAUUAAACUUUUUUUUCUCUGC